AGCCCACAGAGAGGAUGCUGGAGCUGUGGCUAAGUGGGAAACAGUGGCCCCGGGGGUUGCCAAGGCUGAGAGAGCCGCUGCCUGGCUGCACCGCGCCCUCGCGGAUCGGGGCGUCCACUUUAAGCCUGCGGAGCUGGCGGAGCGGAGGCGCUGCGGCGGCGGCGGACUCGGCGCGGCUCGGGCACCUCUCUUCCUUAUCUCUUACUCAAACUUCUCUGCUCCAACUCAGCUCCAUCGCCAUUGGUCUGACGCAGCGCGCGGGGACGUCAGGCGAGCGCCGCGCCCAUUGGCUGCGGGGCGCGCGGCGCAGCUGUUCUGAUUAUCAUAUUUCAGCCUCGCCGCCGCCGGGAGCCACUGACCGCUCGGCGAGCCCGCGGGAGAGGAUUAGGGCUCCCCGAGGCCACUUGCUCGGGGCUCCUCCGCGCUCCCCCGAUGCUCGCGCUGCCCGGCUGCUCUGGCUUUUGGCCUCCCUCUCCUGCUCCUCCUCCUCCUUAUCCUCCUCCUCCUCCGCCUGCCCCCUCCCUCGCUCCUUCCCGGCCGCGCCGCCAGCGCCCUGGCCUCCCGUCGCGCUGCUCCUCCGCCCUGCGCUCCUGGGGUCCCCGCAGUCCGGCUGGCCGUGUUGCGCGCGAGGCUCACUUUUCUGCCGCCGGUGGCGAGUGGCUGGUUGGAUCUCACCCUUGAUAAGAGUUGUGAGCUCUCAGCCGGCCUCAGGCUUGGUUUGCAUGGACUGGCUUCUCCAGAGCCCAAAGAGAAGCGAAGAUGCGUGAGUGCCCCCUGAUCGGGCUAAGGUUUUAUCAAGAACAUGUAUUUGUUUUGUUUUCUCUCAAGGAAGAUUUCUAACUGGAUCUCAUCACUUCAAUUUUUGUUAUAAGUUUGAGUGUGUGAAAUUGAAAGUUGGGUAGACACAGGUUGAUAAAUUUACCAGACUAUUUUUUUUUUUUGGUUUUGGUUUGGCUUUUGAUCAUAGUUUCUAGCCUCUGGUAUUAUAUGCACAGAGCCUUUUGUCAGGCUGCUGUUGCAAAACUAACGCUAAUAAUCACAACAAGAAGCAAGUCUUCCCGGUAUACAGGCAUGUUUCCUGUAUAGAUAACCGAGUUGACUCUAGUAAAAAAAAGAGAUACCACUAUACCACCAGAAAGUAAAUAGAGGAUUUUAACCAAUCAUAGUCCAUCAUGCCACCUUGAAAACAUGGAAUUAAACAACAAGCUGCCAGAAGCCUGAUGACUUAUAUUUGAAAUCCACAAAGUACCCUCACUAUCCAUCCUCCUUCAAGCCAGCCCCACACUCAGCGUGGCAUUUUAACUCCCUCAACUAAUAAACUGCUCCAAAGAAUUAUUGCCAAUGUUGAUAGCAAUUCCAAAUAGAAAAGCUGGCAUGUGCCUUGGAGGAAAACCGUUAGGAAUGGGCAAUUUCAUCAUCAUGGUGAAGACAAUGUGUUUUCCUUUCUUCAGUCCACACUGUUAGUGUAAACAAGUAUUUUUCUUAAUAAGUUCCUAGGCUGAAAGAGGUAAAGAUCAUGCAGACUGUAUGCCCUGUCAGAGGGGAAAAUUUGAGGGGAACCAAUAAUUUUGUUGUUUUGUGAUGGAUGUGCUCUGGAGUUCUGUUGUGUCUGUUGCCUAAUACAUUUUACAUUAAAAUCAAAGUUUGGAUAGCAGGCAUAUAUUGUUUGAUUUCACCUUGAAAUUCAAAUAUGAUCACGGAUUAUUCCCCUGUUGCCUUAGCUGAUAAUGUGCAUUUAAUGUAUUAAAUAUAUCUGUAAAAAUUUUGUAAUAUUUGUGUAGAAUACAGCAAAAUUGUGAUUACCACUAUUUCCCCCAGUAUUUGGUCACAGGAGCGACCUCUUGUGUUCAAAGGGGGGAUUAGACCCUCUUGUCAAAAAUGGACUCA